CUUCUUUUCAGCGUGGAUCAUCGAUUUAGCCCACUAAUCAUCCGUUUCAAGAAAAAGCGGAACAUCGUGCAACAGCAAAUGCGUUAGAACGCUCGCUAAAGAUCAGACGACGUCCCAUCUCAAACGGACUAGGUUUCGAGAGAAAUCCCCAAUAACAAGAUGAACCGACCUUUCUUCCAGCUAUCAAAUCUUCUUGUCUUCAACAAUCAUUUCUUGGCUGUACUGUACGGGUAGCUGCCAAGGUCUGUACUGUAUAUAUAUACAAUCAUGCAACCCAUCGAACAAAAUCCCGAUGAAGAGGAGAUGCUAUCCAGCACCCUUAACCACGACGAGGAGUUCCUGAUCGGAGGCGCCGAAAAACAAUGGCCGCCGACUUCAGGACUCGACGAGCCUAGUCGGCGACAGCAGAAGAAGAGGAAUAGCUUCCUCUCCGCGAUCGAGCGGUAUCGGUGGCCUAUCGAUGCACUGUUACUAUUUAUCAUCGUCGGACUAUCACUUCUCCUUCGCGGUCGAUCGACAGAAACCUCACGGCAGGUUGGCGGGGAUUUUACGGGAGAGGGGCCGCAAUUCACGAUGAAGAAUAUGAAGUUCGAGUCAGACACAUCGUUUGCGCCGAGGAAUAUGUCGCAUUUUUUCACGGAUGAGACGCUUACUACGUGGAAUGGGAUGAUGCCUGUUGGAACAGGACGUCCGUUAAACACCGAAGAUUUCUCUGCGACUUCUAUGACGCAUCAACUGCACUGUCUUUACAUGAUGGCGCGCAUCUACUCAGGCAUCAAAUCCAGCAUGCCCUCGACGAUGAUGCCGGACGAUCCAGACACCCAUUUUCUGCAUUGUGUUGAUUACCUGCGGCAAGGUAUCAUGUGUUCUGCGGAUCUGGCGCUCGAGGUUCACGAUUCGAUGGAUCCGGAUGAUUUGGGGCCGUUGGAUGGUGGGUGGAGUGGUGUUCAUGUAUGUAAGGAUUAUAGCCAGGUUAAGAGCUAUCUAGAAGGACAAAUUGCGGAGAAUGUUCGUGUAGUUUUACCGAUCGAUGAUUAAUGCAGAAAUGUCAAAGCCAGUUGCGAGUAAACCUCAGUUCGGACUUGGGAUGAUUGUACAAGGUGGAGUCUACUCCCACUCUGCGAGACAGUCCCUUACUGUGACAAUCUUGUUCUCGAGGCAGUGCAAAUCGUGUAUUGAUAGGAACUUCCUCAAGCUCAAGUCUGGCAUCGCCGAGGAUACUGAAGAGGCAGAGCACCCGAGUGGCUUCAAGAGGAUCGAGUAGCGAGACAACGCGCUCCGAUCGAAUUGACGUUGAAACUCUUUUGAGCAAACGAGGCUACGGAAUUAGGGAUGCAGAUUAUACCACUGCAAGCAAAAUUCACAGAAAAGCACUAGUUUCUGAGAAUACAAGAUACUUCACGCCCUACCCUCGCCGAAAUUCUGCGGCCCAGUUUUUAUUCAGCCAGAGGAAAAUCAAAUGCAACACCGUGACCAAAUUGAAAUUCAAUAGCUUUGCGCACAUGUCCUAGAGAUUAUGUUCGAACCAGUGAGGC